GAUGCUCUCGGCAUUUUUGCCUUCUCAUUUACGUAGUUUUACUUUAAUUACUAAUCAUAUAGAUAUUAGUGAUGAAUCCUUUGGUAUUCUUCUCCAAUAUUUAUGUGUGAAGUUGGAUUAUUUGGAUUUAAGUCAAUCUAAAAAAAUGAGUUGUCAAGUUCUUGGUGUAUUAUUGGAUAGUGCUAAAGUGAACAAAUAUAGAUUUCCAAGAAAGAUUUUCAUUAGCACUAAUCCUGUUGAUUAUUCGGACAAAAAAGAAAAACUUUGUAAAUUGGAAGAUUUGG